GUUCAGCUGGUUUUCUAUAUUGCCUCAUGAGUAAAUACUGACCAUAUUUCUCCAUGGCUUGUACUGAAAAUGUCUUUGGAGGGUAUGGCCCUUCUGUUGCAGUGGUAGCUGUCAACAAAAAUGGGAACAAGGAUCUGAGUCCUGAUGACCCCCUCCAGUGUCUGAAUUCCAUGCAGAAGAAUGAUGAGGAUGGUGCUGAGAACUGGGGCUGCCCUCGCAUCCCACUACGACCACCCUUGAAUAUGCUGACUGAUCUGGCCGGAGACCAGCUGAAGGGCCCUGAUGAGAGAACAGGAUCCAGCAUUCCUGAUCUUUCAAGAGCUGUCAGACAACCCUGUGGGUUACCACCUGCUGUUGUAGAAGAGUCCCUAGCAACAGAGGGAGUAAAUAGCUCUGAGGGGUUGGCAAGCUGGAGGCUGAAGGGACAUGAUUCUAUUAAUGUAUCCCAGAAAGUCUCUGGCAGCUCUCCAGCACUGAUGGUAGGGGGCACAAGGGUCAGCAGUGUGACUAGUGAGAGAGGUGGCAAUACUGCAAAAUCAGUCCCAACUUUGCCACGGAGCCAAGGGUUCUUUCCACUUAGGGGACCACAAGUAAGAGGUCCUUCAUUUGUCCCCACCCUUAGAUCAGGGAUAAUGAUGGAGGUACCAUUGGGUAAUACUAGAAUGGCCUGCAAUAAUGGAAGGUUGGCUCAUGUUUCUUUCCCACCUGCGAGCCCAAGACACCCAGGGCCUAUGCCUAUGUCUUCAAGUGUUCCAGGUUUACCUUGCUCUACUGCUCAUUGCUUCAUACCUGCCCCACCUCCAAGUUUCAAUCCAUUUUUCAUUAAGCCUAUUGCUUUUGCGCCUCCCCCAGUAUUUGGUCCUCCGCUGUCACCUUAUUUUGCUCAUUUGCAUUCUGGAAGAAUGCCUUUUCCUGCAUCUUUAAACAAAGAGCUCAAGUGAUAAUAA